CCGAAGGUUGACAUAACCUCAAGUUCACCUUGUCAAAUUUAUGUUUACAUUCCGCGGCGUUUACUUUUGUGUCUUUUGUGAAAAAAAAACCCUUGAAAAUGGAUUUCCCUACAAAUUGGAAGGUCGAGGACUACAGAACAACGUACGAGAGCGACGAGCAUUGGCAAUUGAGGCGCAAUUUUAUGGAGACGCACAAGGAAAAGUUCCCAGAAGAUGAGCUCGUGUGUUUAGCGCAGACAUUCACAAAUGUGGAGUUUCUGGGCUGCCGAUAUCCCGCUGAGACGAUGAGGCUCGUGGCAGAGCUGUCAAAGGACGUGGCGAAAGAGUUCCGGAAGAAGAGAGAAUCGCGCCUCAAGAGGACCUUUGUGCAGGCCUCAGACGCUGCCGAGGCGAAAGCCAAGAGAGUUAGGAAGUAAAUUUAUUCAGCACUGAUCUGGGAUUGCUGCCGGCGUCGGAUUUGCUGGAAGAGACGCUUGGAAGCGGCUCUAAUGAGUUGGUUCGGUGAGUUCAGCAAAUCUUCCCAGGAAAUUUGAUCGAUCUGCAAGAAGUGGGCAAUUUUUGAAUAAACGGGGUGUUUUUUGUAAGAAAAUA